CAUUCUAGUUGUGGGUGUCGCGCCGUGCAGUCAUCGCGUGUGCCACAGAACUUAGUGCGCCGUUUGUGAGUGCUUCAGUUCCCGCGCUAGUGCCUCACUGUGCCAGGACCCGCUCCCGCCGCGGAGGAUGUUAACAGCCCACGGUAUGUUCUGAUCCAAUCCACGGAGUAACCCGACCAAAACCGCAAGCCACUUGUUGGAUGCCGCUUCAGAAACAACCAAAGCCACCUAUAUUCAGUCGGGUUAUAACAAAUUUGGCAAAGUCGGUUGAUGACGUCACGAGCUGCAAAGCUGUUGACGUCCGCAUAGCCAGCCCGGUUCGUUCUCGCCCGCUCCUUCACCCCCUCCAAGAUUGCUGCCACCAUGGGUCGGAAGAAAAUACAAAUAUCUCGGAUCACAGAUGAACGGAAUCGACAGGUUACGUUCAACAAGCGCAAGUUCGGAGUGAUGAAGAAGGCGUACGAGCUAAGCGUGCUCUGUGAUUGCGAGAUCGCUCUCAUCAUCUUCAGCUCCAACAACAAACUGUACCAGUAUGCUAGCACGGAUAUGGAUAAGGUCCUACUAAAAUACACUGAAUACAACGAGCCCCACGAAUCGCUGACCAACCGCAACAUCAUCGAGGCACUAACGAAGAAAGAGCAUAAGAACGGAGUGAUGUCACCGGAUAGUCCCGAAGUUCCCGAAUCUGAAUACAACCUGACGCCCCGGACCGAAGCCAAAUACUCGAAAAUCGAUGAGGAAUUCCAAAUCAUGAUGCAAAGGAACCAGUUGAACGGGAGUCGUGUGGGCGUGGGAGUUACCGGGAGCAACUACAACCUGCCUGUGAGCGUGCCCGUCGGGAGCUACGAACAGUCUCUGUUGCAAGCUAGUCCUCAAAUGCAUACCUCUAUCAGUCCACGGCCAUCGUCUUCGGAAACCGAUUCAGUAUACCCAAGCGGCGGAAUGCUCGAGAUGUCCAACGGCUACCCCGGCUCGGGGUCCCCGCUGGGGGCGGGCUGCACGCCCUCCCCCUCCCCCGGGCCCGCGCCGUCCCCCCACCGGCACCCGCACAAGCCGCACGCGCACGCGCCGCCGCCGCACCACUCGCCGAGGCAUAACAACCUGCGCGUCGUCAUACCGAACUCGAUGCCGCCGCCUCAGGAAGAUAUAUCGUAUUCUGGCGAAACACCAUUAAGCUACUCAGGACUCGGCAACUUCGGACCACAGGACUUCAGCAUGAGCUCGGACAUGGGAAUCGGACUAUCGUGGGGCGCGCACCACCUACAGACACUACAGCACAACAGGUACAUUAGCAGCUUGCCAGUGAUCGGCGGAGGGGGCACCCCGCCGCCCGCGGCGUCGCCUAGCAACGUGAAGAUCAAGGCCGAGCCCGUGUCGCCCCCCCGCGCGCCCGACCACCUGCACCGCGCGCCGCCCGCGCCCGCGCCGCCCGCGCACCUCUCCGGAGUCAUUGAUGGUGUGUACUCUAAACCUAAUAGAGGUCUUUCAUACAUUCCAGGUUCAGUAACGUCAAGUAACAUGGGCUCGCCCGGGCAGGACAUGCGGCAUGUCCCGCUGGAUUACGAGCAGCCCCACACCAAGCGGCCGCGGAUCGAGGGCUGGGCCACAUAGCCCGCCUACGAGGCCUUCGGGUCAUACUCGAGGCCCCUGCACCCGCACUGCUAGGCCCCCGGGCCCCGCCACCGCCACCCGCCAUGGUGCUCGUUGUGCUAACCAUCCAAAAGUCUGGAUCGCAAGGUGCAAGAAUUAAUGGUACUCACAAUUUUGGCACGGUACGCGGUACGAACUAAUCUCAUAUCAAACGAAUUUUAACAAGUUCAAAUCGUUGAGAUUUCUUUGUUACGAUUUCUAUAGGAAUCGAUGUGUAAUAAUUAAAUGUUCGAUCACAACCCUUAUAGUUAAUGUAAUUCAUAAUGCACGAGCGAGUACACACAUAAUUGUUAAGAUUUGGACAGCGUUCGGAAACAUCGCGACUCGCCUGUUGUAACGAUAAAUCUUAAUGUCGUAUUUUUUGUACUUAGCGACCAAAGAAUUAAAGUGUAGGUCUCGGAUUUGCAUAAUAUCUUGACCGCAUGUUUCCGAACGGAGCUCAAGUGUUGAAGCAUAGCUGCAACCUUUCAAUGUUAUACCGAUCAAUGUUACAUGUAAGUACGUAGAUAGAUUCUAUUCCCCUGUACAUAAAUAACAUUAAAUGUGCAAUCCGUGCCAUUGUCUGUUUAGCUUAAAAUUAGUCAAUUUAAAAUCAGUGACUUUGUAAUAGGAACCAGAGUUGAAGAGUGGAGGAACUAAACGCGGUUUGCGGAGUGUAGUGCGCGAUAAGACACUUAGUGUACUAGUGAGUGGAACACUAAAUCGACUGUUGACUUUUUGUGUUAGUGUUUUAAAAAGUUUUUUGUGCCAUUUUAAAAUUAUUAUUAUAGUGUGACAUCCGAACUUUGAAUCUUGUAAAUUAAGUAAGCGUAGUGUCAUCACAGAAGAUAAUAAAUUGUAUAUUGUAAAAUCUACUUUAUCUAUUGAGAUAUUUAUACAUGGAAAACAUAAUGAUAUUUACAUAAUAUGUAUACACGUCCCGUUAGGAACGAAUGUUACGUAAGUAGGUAAUGUUAGCUAGAGUCGAGUAUAUAAAGGUACCACACAAAGCUUUAAAAUUUCUUAUGAAUACACUCGCACUUUUAUGCACUUGUAAUUAAACAAACACAGUAAAUAUAUGGAUAUAACACAGAUUUGUAACAAUUCUAGUGACAUACGCAAUGUAUUUUUUAAAGAUUUUAUUUCUGAACCAUAAGUAUUUUGUUUCUCUCGGGCAAGAUUUCUAAACAUUUUAAUCAGAAUUUUAUUCUUUGUGCGGGUUUCUAAUUUUCAGACCAAAAUUUUAUCGAGUCAAUUUUAUGAACUUAUCAUAACCAUUUUAAUAUAAUUAAUAUACUGUAGUUGAUGUUUUGAUUCCAUACAUAAAUGAUAAAAAUCAAUGUUAAAAUUAUGAACAAUUCAGUGGACUUUCAGAGAAUUUUAUUUCAGGCAAAAUUAAGACGUUGAAAUGUUUUUACUCGUAGGUCUUUCCUUUUUGUGUCCAUUAUUCCUAAGUACCCUAUGUAUUUUACAUGGAAUCAAAAUAUUAACUAAAUAACUUGUUAUGUAUAUUGAAAUUGUAUUAGUGGGUAUCGUCAGUGACUAAAGGAAACAGCAAGGUUGUUGUUAGAACAUGUUUUCUUUUGUUAAUGUGAUCUGAAGUUUUUUAUGCUACUUAAUUUAAUUUAACAAAUUGUAGUAGUAGUAGCUAUGAACAAAUGGAGAAGGAUAAACGGAUCUUUGAUGUUAUAGAUGCGAACACAAUUAUAAUUAAUGGAUAAUGUUAAGAUACUUUUCACUGAACUAAAUAUUUUGGUACAGCACUUUAUUACACAGUCCGCCCUAUUGUAGAUAGAUGUUACUAAAUGUGUCUGGUGGGUGAAGUAAUCGUUGAUCUUUGUAAUCGUCCAUCGACUCCUAGCAUAGACUCAUCGCCACGGUCCUCUCGCCUCUGUCCAGGGAUCCUUCGCUCCUACCCUCGAUCGUCUCACUGUAGAUGCCUUACUCACAGUGCCUAAAUGUACCACAUUUUUACCAUUUUGUACCAAAUUUGUAUGAUACGAUAGCAUUUAUGCUUCAAUAUUUUUCACAUCCUGGUAAUUGUAAGUCUUUUAAGAAAAUGUUGAAUUUUAUGAAUGUAGUGUAAAGAUCGGUGUUCACUGUACCCUCUGAUGUACAUAGAGCUCUCGGUCGCUGUUGGACUAUCGCUAACUUAUUGACACAGUCAAACUGUUAUGGAAGGUAAGGGACGUUGUGAUUGUAACUGUAUAAAAUACUGUAAGUAAAGACCCAAAGCAACAUUGAUGUUAACGAUCCUUAGAGUAAUCCUUCAAAUCACAAUAACAAAAUGUUAAUGUGUAGUUGUUAAAUUUGUACAGGGAUGUAAUCAGUUUUGGCGUUCAAAAGUCUGAACACAUAAGAAAUGUAUUUUCGCAUUGUAAAUGAAUAUACACGAUUAGUAUUUAACGAAGUAAUAUUUUAAUACCGGAGCAUAAUGAAUGUUGACCUGUAGGUAAGGCCAUUCGUGUACGCCUCGUGUAAUGUUAGUGUUGUCGACGUGGUAAGAACACUGUUGCUCUCCUCUUCCGUCAGAUUCUACAUUAUGUUCACCGAAUUGAUCUGGAUCGUUCGUUCCUAAAACGUUCCUUUAUCUGAUGUUGAUGUGCUUUGUUGGUUAAAAUUUGCUCAAUCAAUUGAUGGUGAAGCUAAAUUUUCAUUAAAAAAUCUGACUGUUAUCCGACCCUUGACGUAAAGUUUGUGUUGUUGUAUUCCCUAGCGUGUGAUUUAUACAUGUUACUGCAAAUUUUAUUGUAGUACUUAAAUAUUUGUUGCAUUCUCGACAUUCAGGAGAAUUAGUUAUUAUCACAAGUAUAUACAGAAGUCACGCACUGUGGUGUUACCUAAAUACCUAUCAUAAUAAUUGAUGCACUGAACAAAUUGUCCAAUGAUGAUUAUAACGUAUAUUAAAGUAUGCAAUACAGUCCGAUGCUGACUUAGUGGUUAUAUUUGCACAAAUAGAAAUUAUUACUUUGGUUAGGUCGAUGGGAACGGCAUAUUAGUGAAGUUUUAUUGGAAGUAGACCGUCGUAAGGUUUGCCCGCACGUCGCAACCUGCGGUUUCCAUCGACCUGGCCGACGUGAUGUUUCGAACGAAGCUGGUAUUGGGAGCAUUAUUUCCGGGUUGUGAGGUUGCUAUCGGAAAUGCGUGCAAGAUUAUUGUUAAUUAAAUAUUAUAUUAUAGUAUUUCUCUGAACGCACAACCUUGUUGCGCAUUAUUGUAAAUGGUUUGCUUGGUUUGUUUUGUAGUUGUACCUACUUUUAUGUAUGUUUUACUUGUAUAUUCAACUGUGUGUCAAUAGCAAAGAGCUUUCUUAUCAGUUAACAUAUAGGAUGUUCAUUGCAUUUAAAGAGAACGUAGUCAUAAGUAUAAAGUACGUAUUCGAGACCAGGUUCUGGUUUCGCGGCAGUAGAUAUAAUGGUCCUUACGUUGCCGACGUCUUUGCUAUUGCUUCACAGCUAGUGACAACCCAGAUAGGAUAUAGGAAUAUAAUACAUAUCCUUAAUAAAUACUCAGUCGACUUCACAUUAAGUCCUCCUUAACAUCAGUUGUGCAAUACAUAUGUAUCAAAAUGCUUAGGUAGGUAUUAGGUAUACUUUCGUUUGAAUUUACAAAAUAAUGCAAACUCUGUUGUAUUUUAUCGAUAUUUUUACUGAUAAUGGGAGGGCGGUCCAGAGUUUCUGGACUGCCCUCGGGGAUUUAAGUCAUAGUUGUAUAAUUAUUUUAAGAUAAGGCCGGGCCAAAUAUUGCAUUAAUGUAGGUCUUACGGCGCCUUUAUUUCUGUGUCGGGGCAGCCACCUCUGCCUUUGUAUAAAUCGUACGAUGAUAAACAACUCAGUGGAAGAAUGAGAUAUUAAUGUUUGUCGACAGUGUUAGAAAAUUGUUAUAAAUUAUUUUGAUGACUGUUUGAAGGAUAAUAAAGAGUUGGAUGUCAA